UUGUAAGAUAGUACAACGUUGCCUAGUUACGAACUACUUGUACUACUGCCCUGUGGUACUUAGACAUAUUGACUAAGUCCUAAGAUGAUCAGUUAGAGUUUUGGUUGAUUAUAUUAUAGAUUUGAGGUCCUGCAAGGUUAUUUAUGCUUUAACAGAAGCGCAGUUAUUAUCUGAACUGCAUUUUGUCAACACAUCUUAUUACGUUAAAUAGACAACAUUUCUAGAUAAUAGCUGUUAUUAUCCUGGAAUCUGUUAGUUGUGCGUAGAACAUACAUGUACUUCAUAACAACUUAUUUGUGUUUAAUUACAAAAAAGUGACAACGAAGUUGGAGAGCAAAGAAACAAGCUUUAUUUAUUUUAUUAUAUUUAGUUUCAGCUCAAAAAUACUUCAUCAUGGAAGUUACCACGAUAAUAUUCUUGUUAUCGACCAUAGUAUUCCUAUUGUACUUACUAGUUCAGAAAAAGUUUUCCUACUGGAAAGACAGGAACGUCGACUAUCUCGAACCAGUUUUCUUCUUCGGAAAUUUAAAAGAAGUGAUGAAGAGAAACGUUCACUUGACCGAGGUGAUGGACGAUCUCUACCAAAAAGUUAAGUCAAAAGGGAAGAAAUAUGGCGGUGUCUAUGCGUUUUUUGCACCACAGUUCGUUCCGGUGGAUUUGGACCUUAUAAAGAGUAUACUGAUUAAGGAUUUUUGGAACUUUCCAAACCACGGACAAGUCUUUAAUGAAAAGACUGAUCCAAUUUCGGCGCAUCUGUUUAACUUAGAAGAUGAUAAAUGGAAGGAUAUGAGAGCAAAGUUGACCCCAACCUUUACUUCAGGUAAGAUGAAGAUGAUGUUCCAGACGAUGGUAGAGUGCACUGGUGGACUCCAGCAGUUGCUAAACAAAUCUGCUGCAAAAAAAGAACCGAUAGACAUCAAAUACGCUUUGGGCUGCUUUACAACUGACGUCAUCGGGUCAGUAGCGUUUGGUUUGGACAUAAAGAGUUUAGAAAACCCCGACUCAGACUUUAGAAAGUACGGUAAUAGAGUCUUCACGCCAACACUAAGAUCCACAUUUGCUUUCAUACUGUUUGGUGUAUUUCCAGAGUGGUUGAGCAAAUUUUUAGGUGUUUCGUUUUUUGACCAAGACACGUCUAAUUUCUAUCUAAAUUUAGUUAAAAAUACUGUAGAGUAUAGGGAGAAGAAUAACGUUUAUCGCAAGGAUUUCAUGCAUCUUCUUAUACAACUAAAGAAUAUUGGAAAGGUCGGAGCUGAUGAUGACCGAAAUCUGGUUCAAAAGAAUAAAGCAAAUGUUGGAGCCCUGACGUUGAACCAGAUAACUGCACAAGCUUUUGUAUUCUUUGCAGCAGGAUUUGAAACGUCAGCAACUACAAUGUCAUUCGCUUUACUGGAACUAGCGCAACGUCAAGAUAUUCAAGAGAAGGUGAGACAAGAAAUAAAUAGAGUUCUUGUUAAGCAUGACAACAAACUGACUUUUGAAUGUUUAAUGGAAAUGGAGUACUUGGAAAAAGUUGUUUUAGAGACUUUGCGGAUACAUCCUCCCGUUGGUGUGUUGCCAAGAAUCUGCACCAAACGAUACAAUGUUCCAGAUAGUGAUUUAGUUAUAGAACCCGGCGUAACCUUAAGUAUUCCCGUAUUUUCCAUUCACAGAGACCCAGAGUUUUAUCCUAAUCCAGAGGUAUUUGAUCCGGAGAGGUUUAAUGAAGAAAACAAAGCCAAACGGCAUCCAGUUGCUUUUAUGCCAUUUGGUGAAGGUCCUAGGACGUGUAUAGGUCUCCGCUUUGGAAAGCUUCAAUCGAAAGUUGGUCUAUGUUUUGUGCUGAAAAAUUACAAGAUCACCCUAAACGAAGAAACCAAGCUGCCUAUCAAAUAUGACUUGGGCUUUGUAUCAUCCGUUAAGGGUGGAGUCUGGUUGAAUUUGGAACCUAUAUCACCCAAUGUAAAAUUAAAAAUGGAGAUAAGUCCAUGGAUUUAUUUAUUGGUUACACUAGCUACGCUAGUAUAUAUAUACUCUAAGCGACAGUUCUCGUACUGGAAAGACAGGAAUGUAGUACACAUCGAACCAGUGUUCUUUUACGGUAACAUCAAGCCAGUAAUGAAGAGAAGAGCCCACAUAACCGAUGUUCUUGGAGAACUUUACAAUAAAGUUAAAGCGCAAGGAAAGCGUUUUGGGGGUCAUUAUGCAUUGUUCACUCCCCAGUUUAUUCCGGUUGAUUUGGACUUGAUUAAAUGUAUAUUACAUAAAGAUUUUGCCUCUUUUACGAAUCGCGGGCUUUAUGUUAACGAAGAAAAAGAUCCCCUUACCGGUCAUCUCUUCAACCUUGAAGAUGAGAAGUGGAGGAAUCUUAGAGCCAAGCUUACGCCAACUUUUACAUCAGGGAAAAUGAAGAUGAUGUUCCAAACUAUGGUUAGCUCAUCAGAAGGCCUUCAAGAAAUGCUCAAGACUACUUCAUCGAGCACAGAGCCCGUGGACAUAAAAGACAUUUUAGGCUGCUUCACCACUGACGUCAUCGGAUCAGUGGCAUUCGGUCUGGAUAUAAACAGCAUGAAGAACCCAGACUCUGAAUUUAGAGAAUACGGUAAAAGGAUUUUCAGAACUACACUAAUGGGUAGGAUUAAAUUCAUGUUUCUUACUAUAUUCCCGCGGUGGCUAUCUAAGCAAAUCGGAAUAAAAAUAUUUUCUAAAGAUACUGAAAGCUUUUAUAUUAAUUUGGUGAAGAAAACAGUGGCGUACAGAGAGGAAAACGACGUUUACAGAAAAGACUUUAUGCAACUACUUAUCCAGUUGAAGAGUAGGGGCAAGGUUUCUGAAGAAAAUGAAGACCAGUUGAUGCAAAAGACCAAAAAUAGCAACAUCCAGGGUUUGUCUCUAAACGAGAUGGCAGCACAGUCGUUCGUGUUCUUCAUUGCUGGGUUCGAGACUUCAGCCACUACGAUGUCGUUUGCUCUGUUAGAGUUAGCUCAGAACCAAGAAAUUCAAGAUAAAGCAAGAGGUGAAAUCAACAGGGUUCUUGCGAAACAUGAUAAUAAAGUGACUUAUGAAACCAUAAUGGAUAUGGAAUAUUUGGACAAAGUGGUGUUAGAAUCUCUCAGAAAACAUCCACCUUUAGGCAUGUUACCACGUGUUUGUACCAAAAACUACCAAAUCCCAGACACCGAUGUUGUCAUUACUGAGGGUACAAAAGUAAAUAUUCCAGUCUUAUCGAUUCACAGGGAUCCGGAUUACUACCCAGAUCCAGACAGGUUCGAUCCAGAGAGGUUCAACGAAGAAAAUAAAGCCAAAAGACAUCCGUUUGCUUAUUUACCAUUUGGUGAGGGUCCUAGAACAUGUAUAGGUUUGAGAUUUGGAAAGCUACAAAGUAAAGUAGGCUUAUGCUAUGUGUUAAGAAACUACAAGGUUACUCUGAAUGAAAAAACAAAAUUGCCAAUAAGAUAUGAAAGCAACUUUAUCUCAACUGUGAAGGACGGCAUUUGGCUAAACUUAGAACCCGUUUCAUAGGACGAAAAAUUUUGCUGCAAGGUUUAAUAUAAAUCCGGAUUUGCUGCCAACCCACGGCAGUGAAAAUACCAGCAUUUAUUUAAUUUAUUGUGAUCAUUACAACAAAUAUUUAAAUUGUUACUUUGCUGUUUUUGUAUUUAAUAAAAUGUGUGUUUGUUUAA